AUGUGGCUUGAUAGACUGGCUGGAGGUCCCUCGAGUGCCUCGAGUCAGUCCACGCCGCAACCUGCGAACAGGUCAUACUCGCCUCUCCCACGCAGAACGUCGAGCUCCCUCAGCCCAUAUUUGACGUCUCAGCGGGCUGACCAUUCUCCGCGCAGCUCGUCAUUGUCCCUCGUGUCUAAUGAUUCGUCUACAUCGCUUCUCCCUGCAUCGAGACGCCCGAACGGUUCCUCGUUGCGGCAUUCAUCGACUAUCCCAGACCUAGCAGACCCGCUGGAGACCCUAGAGAGACUUCUGAAGGAGCCCAGCCAUGUUGAAAACGAUGCCGAGACGCAGAAGGCCAAGACAAGCUCCAUUGUAGAGGCUGAUCUUGAUCUCGAUUUUGAUUUUGGUGGACUUGGACUGAAGGAGUUAGCAUCUGCACACACUCUUGAAAAUGGAAUGACAGGAUCGUGGCAGCCGCAAACUAUGGACGGGUACCAUCAAGAACGUGCCAAAUUCGAAGAUCUUCAUAGAUCCAUUACGGCUUGUGACGACGUCCUCAACUCGGUCCAAGUCAAUCUGGCCGAUUUUCGGAAUGACCUCGCCGCCGUAUCCGCCGACAUUGAGUCUUUACAAGAACGAUCGACUGCAUUGAAUCGGCGGUUGGAGAACCGUCGGGAGGUUGAAAAGGCCCUCGGUCCGCUGGUGGAAGAGCUUAGCCUGCCGCCCGAGGUAAUUUCAAAGAUAUCAACUGGCCACAUCGAUGAAUCGUGGGCCAAGAUGCUCUCAGAGUUGGACCGGAGAACAACGUCGCACAAGGCCAAGACAUCUUCUGCGUCGCAACUCAGCAAAGCGUCUGAAGAACUAGGCCCUUUGUUAGAGAGGCUCACAUCAAAGGCAAUCGAGCGUAUUAGAGACUUUCUUGUAGCGCAAAUAAAGGCACUUCGAUCACCACACAUCAACGCACAAAUCAUCCAGCAGCAAAACUUUCUCCGCUUCAGGGACCUAUUUACCUUCCUUCACAAGCAUCAUGUAACUCUGGCCGACCAGGUUUCCCAGGCCUACAUGAACACCAUGCGAUGGUAUUACCAUAAUCAAUUCAGCAGAUACGAGCGAGCUCUAGCCAAGAUCAAGACCCACACUCUUGACAAGACAGACACUUUGGGUCAUGAAGAUACUACGAGAAUGACGACCGUGCUUUCCAGUGCCCGAUCAGCAGGGCCGCUGCACGAUGCUUUCAAUCUUGGACGGCGUAUAGAUCUACUGAAAACAACCAAUCAAGCGGCCAUGUCCUCGUAUCUGGCCGAAGAGGACCAGGCUACGCACUAUCUCGAAGUGCAGUUUCGAAACUAUAACUUAGCGUUAAUCGAUAACGCGACAGCAGAGUACUCUUUUCUAGCCACUUUUUUUUCACCAGCGUUUUCUCAUCCUCAAAUUUCGAAAAUCUUCGAUUACAUAUUUGAACCUACGCUCGAGGUUGGCCGGGCCUUGUCAAGGACCUUGGUAGCUGACACUUUUGACGCUUUGGGCAUUUUCCUUUGUAUUCGCCUAAACCAGCGCUUUGCCUUUGAGCUUCAGCGUCGUAAAGUACCUGUUGUUGACGGUUAUAUCAACGGUACGAACAUGCUUCUUUGGCCGCGAUUGCAGGUUGUCAUGGAUCGACACUGCGAAUCUGUUCGCCAAUUAACCAACAGUUUACCCAGCAAGCCGACUCGGUCAGCGUCGGAUGUAGCGAAGAUGACUGCCGCGCCUCAUGUUGUCACCCAGCGCUUCGGUCAACUCUUGCAUGGUUUUCUCGAACUAAGUUCUGAGGCCGGAGAUGACGAGCCAGUCUUUGCUAGCCUGCGACGAUUGCGCACCGAAAUCGAGGCUUUCUUAGCCAAGCAGAGUCUGUCCUACGGCAGUGACAGGCGUAAGAGUAACAGGUUUCUUUAUAACAACUAUUCACUCAUCAUGACUAUCAUCAGCGAUGCAUCGGGGAAGCUGGCUACAGAACAGCAGGCGCACUUUGAGAAGCUCAAACUGGCGUAUGAAGUCGAUGUAUAG